GAAAGCGUUGGCAGCCGAAGCGGUCGCGAUCACAACAAACGCCGGACCCUCGACAGCUGCUCUCGAGUCUUCACCUUUAAAACCAUGGCUGAGAAAGGGAUUGCGACAAUGGAAGAAAAUCCGCCAAAAGUCAACAAAUGGGAUGGGAAUGCCUUGAAGAAUGCUCUGGAUGAUGCUGUCAAAGAUGUGUUGCUGUCACGAUUCAGCUAUGUGGAGAGCCACAGACUGCUAGAUGGACGCUUGUUAAUCUCUUCCAUUGCUGUUGGCUUCUCCCUUUUUGCUCUUCUUUGGGACUGGCUCUAUCCUUUCCCACAGUCUAGGUAAGUUAUGGAAGU